UCCGCCGGUGGAAAUAUGCGCCACCCAGAUUCCAGUCCGCCGGUGGUUCUUGCUCUGCUACUUCGUUCCCGGGUUUGUUUAACGGUCCGCGCUGGCGAAGCGCCAUCUUGGAGGAGGUUAAUUCCCGGGAGCCAGCGCUGUGGUGCUCUCGGCUGGCGAGGCACUUUGUACAAGAAAACUGCCCAUAAUGACGGAUUCCACAGACCAACAACCUAACUGUAUGUCAGCAGGACAGAGUAGCAAUGGAAAUAAUGUGGAUACCUACUGGAAAGAAAAGAAAGCUGCGGAAGAUUUGAAAGAUGUAUCUGAAGAGUGUCCAGCCGGAGUUUCUCUGCAACUGUGGAAGAAAUUUCAGGAAUUGAAAGAGAGAAGGAACUCCAUAACUAAAACAUCGUUUAAAGAGGAUAGACGUAGACGAAAAGCUGCUGGUGCAGAAUGCAUGACAAAUGUAGGAAGGACUGGUGAGGAAUCCUCCAUCAAAAAGCGGAAAUCUGAGCAAGAGCAGAAGACUCUGAAUAAAAGCAGUCAGUUGAAUGUCCGAGAGGCCCACUGGAAUGAACUAAAACAAUACUUUGGAGCAAAUGAUAGAUUUGAGAUUCCUGCUUGCAGUGCAUCUCCUUCAAAGACAAACCUAGAAAAAAACCUUGACAAGGCCAUUGCUACAGGGGAUAUAGAAGAAGCAGAGAAACUGAGUGACAGCCUAGCUGUUCGUGAGAUUUUCCUUCCUCGGCUCCAGGACAGAUGUUGUGGUGAGAUGUAUUGUCGUGGACAGGGAUAUUAAUACAAUGCUGGAAGAACAACUGGCUGUUAAUGCAUUGCCUUUACAGAGAUAUUUGAAAUUCAGCCCUUGAGGUGAUGUAGCGGUAGCACCAUAGUGGCAUUCUUGCUGUAAAAUGUCAAAUGCAGUAUGAUACUGAUAUUCACAAAUGUAGCUUCAUAAUUACUGUGCUGAGUCAAGCCUAGGUUUUGUACAAUGCUCAAAGUUGCAGGUUGUAUCACGUGGUGCCUUGCGCGUGUUGGUAUUUCCCCCUUGCCAAAAAGGACUGCUUUGUAGUGAGUUUUCCUUAACCAAAAGACAGCCAAAAGUAAUAUUUUGAUGAACAGAAUGUGCUCUGAUGACAGAGAUUGCAGGUGCUGUACAUUUAUUUGGCAGUAUUUGCAAUAAGCGAUCUUGAAUUGUUCCAGCACAAUUGAAUCAUUUUGCUUUCUUUUACAAAGUGUGGACAUUUAGGUUUUUCCUGGAACUCUGACAAUCCGUGCUUUAAAGAGGAAAUAAAUUACUUCAGUCAUGCGGGAGAAAUUCAGUCCUGCUUCUUUUGAAUGUUGACAAGGACAUGCUCUGCUUGCAGAAUGUCAGCAGGAGUACAUGCUGUCAAUCAAGAUGUCAUCCUCCAUUGGCCUUCUGUUGGCAGCUCACCAGAAUGUAAAUUUUUGUCUAACUGGGAAUAAUGAAGAUAAUGAGUUUUUAUUUUGUUCUAACUUCUUCUUUGGUGCUCAACUAGUGUUAAAGAAGAUAGGAAUUAAUGUUUGUGUUGUGCAGAACAUCUUAAUUUGUAAGUUCAUAUCUAAAUUAAGCCCAAUUAGCAUAAUACAUGGUGACAUUAUCCCUGAUUGCAACAAUUUAUAUUCUGCUAUCAAGUUUAGAAAUAACCUAAGUAGUUUACACAGAUAAGUUGCAAUUAUUAACCCUAAAAGUAGAUGUUCUGCCUGCCAAGUUUAAUAAAUACAAAACUGAGCUCUUAAUGAAGAUAGAAAAGCAUUUUAAAAAAUAAGUGACCCUACUUUCCCCUCCCAAAAGUCAUCCAAGUACUGACAUUUUUUUGAAAAGAUGUGAAUGAAUUAUAAUUGGUGCAAUAUGUCAGGUUUACAAAUUAUUGUUUAAUAGCCUUGAAAUUACUGUUGUUGAUAUUAGUAGACAGCAUUUGAUGUGUGUUUGACAUUGGCUUGGGUUUAGUGGUACAAAUAACUGUGUUUAAAUUGGACAGCAACUUUUGCUGUCUGCACAUGCGCAGUUUAAGGUGGAAAUUAGGAAGUUGCAGUUCGAAUUGCUCUGUUUCCCCAAGAAAUUUUGCUACACCUGUAUCUCAUUGAGAGACUCUCAACAUUAAAAUACAUAAAAGGGAGCGAAGUUGCAGUGCUUAGAUGUUGGUUACCCACUAAACAUGCCAGGGAGAGUUAUGACUGGUGCCUUCAAGUGUAAAAUUUAAUAGCCUGAUAAUUCUUAAUUAUUAACAAGCAAUCUCUCUGGCAUUUAUAAUUUACUUUUACAAAUGUGAAGUCUCAUUGCUGCAGCAUUGAAUUAUUGUUGGAGAUUUUAAAAAAACAUUUAACUUUUCUUUUUGCCUCUUUAUAUAUUUAUAUACAUAUCUUGCUCUUACUCCCAUCUCUCUCUUCCUCUCAUUAUUUCACUUUCUAUACAUGAUUUUACAAUAAAUUAAAUAUUCUAAUUGAUA